AUGCCAGACCGCAAGAUCUCAGCAUUAGACAUCCAGGCACACUCGACGCCCAAUGAUGCAUGGCUUGUCAUUGACGGUGUAGUGUGGGAUGUCACAGAAUUCGCCCCUGAUCACCCAGGCGGCAUCGACAUAAUUGUCGAAUACCUUGGCCGUGACGCGACCAAGGCCUACAGUGAGGUGCAUGGUCCGAAUCUUGUCUCGAAACACCUGGGGUCUUCCAAACGCAUAGGCACGCUUGACGACGAGACUAUCACGGACGAAUGGCGGUCUAAGCUAGAGGGCGCGGAAGAAGUCGAGGGCAGUACUCCUGUUAAUGAAGGCCCUCCAGAUCUCGAAUCGAUACUCAACAUGUAUGAUUUCGAAGAUGCCGCGAAGAGGAUCGUCUCGGCCAAAACGUGGGCUUAUUACUCCGGCGCCGCUAAUGACUGCCUGUCCCUGCAAGCAAACAUCGACUGGUACCGUAAGAUCUGGUUCCGACCGCGGGUGCUGACGGGCGUCGGGAACGUCGACACAAGCGUAACGAUCCUGGGACAAAAGUAUUCAAUGCCGAUCUUCUCGUCGCCGGCGGCGCUUGCGAAGCUAUCUCAUCCAGACGGGGAGCUGGCAAUGGCACGAGGCGCUGUUGCGAAGGGGACGACGAUAUGCGUGUGCAAUGGUGCCAGCUACUCACUCGCAGAAAUCUCAGAUGUGGUGCCAGAGAACUAUCCAAAAUUCUACCAACUGUACUUCAACAAAGACCGCCGGAGCACGGAGAAGCUGAUGCGCGAAGUCAUCUCGCUUCGACCACGAGCAAUCCUGGCGACGGUAGAUUUGCCUGUGGUAGGGAAGCGAGAAGCCGAUGAAAGGAUCAAGAUCGAAGCCUCGUAUAAACCCACAAGGAAUGCACAAGUGCAGACCCUGCCCAAGGACAACAAGGGCACGGGUCUAGCACGUGCCACUGGCAGUUUCAUCGACCCCACUAUCACAUGGCAGGACAUUAAGUGGCUCAUCGAGCUGUCCGACAUCCCUGUCUUCGUCAAAGGCAUACAGUGUGCACAGGACGCUCGGCGGGCGCUCGACAUCGGAUGCAAGGGCAUCUACAUCUCUAACCACGGUGGACGCGCAGUCGACACCGCGCCUCCCUCGAUUCUGACAUUGCUAGAAAUUCAAGCCAAUUGCCCGGAAGUCCUCGAGCAAAUGGAAGUUUUCAUCGAUGGUGGGAUUCGGCGAGGAACCGACGUCCUAAAAGCGAUUUGUCUCGGCGCCAGCGCAGUGUGCUUGGGACGGCCGUUUAUGUAUGCGGUCACCUACGGCCAAGCGGGCAUGGAGAGGGCAUUGGAGAUCCUCCAGGAUGAGCUGGAGACAGCGAUGCAGAUGGUUGGAAUUACGCGGCUGGACCAAGCGCAUCCAGGUCUGCUGAACACUGCCGAGAUCGAUCGCUAUGUCAUCCGUGGCGACGCCCAUCCGUGGGCCAAGAAGGUCGUGAGGAGAGUGAAGCUGUAG